GGUUCACAUCCUCACACACCUCCUGCCGAACCGAAAGCUCCUGAAAUAACAGAUGAUCGGUUCUCUGUCUCGUGUCUCCUGCGUUGGAAUGACGGAGUGUGAUGCGGCUGUGUUUGUCAUGUGAAGCGACUUCUCUUCUCCAUCUCACACUGAGCUUCUGCCGUUUCUGCUGCUGGCAACUUCUGCGAAUCCCUCCGAAAGGACGUAUUCGGGGAACUCUUGGACUAACAUUGCGCUGUUGGUUUAUAGAUUUAUUACAGUAGCCCAGAAUCUGGGCAUCAGGAGGACUUCGGGUGGGCACUGCUCUUUUAUCCGCAGACUUCCGAUAAAAGUGUCACCCCAGCGCAUGCACUGAUUAUAUGCGCGUGUUUUAUUGCUGAUGUGUGUUAGAAUGAACACAUGAACACUGACAGCGUGUUUCUGUGUGAUUUGGUCUCUCCGGGCGGCGCGCUCCAGAAUUAUUGAACGUAGUGCGGACAUUUACACCACACAGACAAGAUCUGGGACAUUUGAGCACUUUGUUUAGAAGAACAAAGCCACAGAUGUGAAUGAAAGUGAACUGAAGAAAGCGGAAUAUACGUGUCUAAGUGUGCCGAAGUGAUGCUGCAAGUGGAAAUGAUCAUAUUCGUGUGUGUGAUUCUGUGGAUGUGUGUAUUUAGUCAAGAGCCCAGCUCAAAGGUGAUGGCUGAUCGAUAUGCUGUGUACUGGAACCGAACCAACCCCAGGUUUCACCGUGGUGACUAUCACAUCGACGUCUGUAUAAACGACUAUCUGGACGUCUACUGUCCGCACUAUGAGGACACUGUACCAGAGGAGAGGACAGAACGAUACGUCCUCUACAUGGUCAACUAUGACGGCUACAGUACGUGUGAUCACACUGCGAAGGGGUUUAAACGGUGGGAGUGUAACCGACCGAACUCACCAAAUGGCCCGCUCAAGUUCUCGGAGAAGUUCCAGCUCUUCACACCAUUCUCACUGGGGUUUGAGUUCCGACCGGGUCGGGAGUAUUAUUACAUAUCAUCCAUGAUCACAGAGACGGGGAGAAGAUCGUGUCUCAAACUAAAAGUUUUCGUGAGACCUCCAAAUGGCUGUGAGAAAACCAUAGGCGUUCAUGACCGCGUGUUUGUCGAUAAUGACAAAGUAGACAAUGCGUUAGAACCCAGAGAUGACACCAGUCACGAGGCAGAACCUUCCCGAAGUGACGUGUCUAAUUCAGGACUGCGACUCCAAACAACUCGACCCCUACUGGCCGUCCUGCUGCUGUGUGUCUCUGUGUUCCUCACAUUAUAGCCCCUCACCCGCCCCUGAACCGACCCCCAGAACACCCCUCUCUGAACGGCCGGGUCUGAGCACGAGCGGACUGCCGCCGGCGAGAAGAGAGAGAUUUGACUCCACUAUUUUGUUUUGUUUUCCAAACAUUUAAGUGUUCCUUUGCUGUCUUUGAUUAAGAAAAGUUGAUUUGCUGUGCUAAGAAGAAAUGCAGAUCACCUGUUUAACCAAUCAACUGUGACACUAUAUCAAGUCUUGACGGCCGGUCACAGGGGAUUGGCUGCUGGGAAGAGAGGGGGUGGAGUCUGAGAUUCAGACAGCAUUUUAUUUUGGCUCCGUUGUGGGUAAUUAGAGCAAGUGUUCAGAAUCACAGAACGCCCCACGAGAAUUGUUCAUUUUGACAGACUGUAGGUAGGUGUCACAAAACAGACGUAAACAUCAAACCUUAACUGUGUUCACUGGCUCAGAUCUGCUGUUAGCGAUAAAUAUACAAAGACUUCUUGCCUUUCGCCCUGUAUCUGCCUUCCCUUAACAAAUUGCAGAAUUCAUCUGAUGAAACGGUCUGUCAUGCAUCUGGCCGUAUGGCUGGGGUCUUUGAAAAUGGAAAGAAGACGGUUUUUGAGUUACAGAAAUUUGUCCGAAAGUCUCUUUACGUUGUGUAAUUCGAUUGUGAAAUUGGAAAGAAGCAAGUUCAGUUUGUGUUCGACUGCAAUUUGAGGGGCUUGUCUUAGUAGACCACACCACAAAAAAACAACGAUUUUGUAUUUUGUAAGAAAACUUACUGCAACAUAAAUAUCUAUAUUUUUCCUAUGACCUUUUAUCAAUGGAUAUGAGAUAUCGACGUGAACGAAUCAUGGAAAUUCUUUUCUUGUCAUCAUUUUUUGUUCGACUCUGUUCGAAACCAAAUCUCAAAAGGGGCUCGACUUUUUCCCCUGUUUAUAGGGGUUGGUUAAACAAAUGUUAGUUUGAAUAGGCCUUACAGUUUAUGUCUUGAAAGUGCUUCAAAUUUAGCAUUUAAGUGGGGUAAAUAAAGUCUAAUUUGUUUAGUUCAUUAAUACAUUUGUCUUUUAAAUACAAAUAGCUGUUAAUCAGUUUAAUAUGCUGAUAUAGACACAAUAGCACUCGACUCAAACAUGGGCAUUCUCUUAAACUCCUCCGAUAGCCUUACAUGUGAGAGAGGAACGAAUCAGCGAAUGUCGCGAAACCGGUCAAGAACAUGUCUGGGUCAUAUUUUAACUCCUAAAUCAAGGAAAUAAGGAAUUGUAUUUUUUAUAUAGGAAAUUAAGUAUAUUCUAGUACCAUUAAGAUAUUUUCAGACAAUGUUUGUAACAUAUUAAUGAGGAAAGAAAACAAAAUAAAUAAAUAAAAAUAAACACUUAUAUAAAGGUGAUGUGUGUAAUGUUUUGGAUGUUAAAAUUCUUAUAUCUCAUUUUAAUGUAGAUAGAUAACUAGUCAUUCUUGAUUUUCUGAAGUGUUAACACUGUGACGCUUUCAAAAUCUCUUUCUUUGAGCAUCCCGUCAAGCUGGAUCCCGCCUCAGAAUAAAAAUAAUAAAAAGGGUAAUUCUGACUUUAUAUCUCACAUUUGUGACAUUAUUUCUCGCGAUUGCAAAGUCACAAUUUCGAGAUAAGAACUUGAAAUUGCGAGAUAUAAACUAACAAAUCCAAGAUAUAAAGUCAAAUUGUGAGAUAUAAACCAACAAAUCUAAGAUAUACAGUCAAAUUGCGAGAUAUAAACCAACAAAUCCAAGAUAUAAAGUCAAAUUGCGAGAUAUAAACCAACAAAUCUAAGAUAUAAAGUCAAAUUGCGAGAUAUAAACCAACAAAUCCGAGAUAUAAAGUCAAAUUGCGAGAUAUAAACCAACAAAUCCGAGAUAUAAAGUCACAAUUUUGAGAUAAAAUUGAAUUAAAAAGAGAUUUACUUCUUUUUUUAUUCCGAGGCAGGAUCCGGAUUCAAUGCAACAUAGCAACAUCGACACAACCAGUGGUGUGAGUUUAUUAUGGGAUUGUCUGUUUAAUCCACCAUUGGAAGUUGGGGGGAGUGUUCGAGAAACCUUUGAAACAGUUAUUUUUGCAAUUCUGUUUUGUGCCACUAGUGGCACAUAAAUGACACACUUCUCUUUUAAAUUGUGAAGUAUUUAUACGUAAUGGCUGUAUUUGUUGUGCUGCAUUUAUUUUCUUGAUUUCCACAAAAAAAAAAAAAAAAAAAAAAAACUGCAUUACCGUAAUUAUUUUACUGUAAUUACAACUACUUACUAAUUGGAAUCACCAUGAACAAUAAUGGAAAUUAGAACAAACUCAAAAGUAAUGAGCGUAAUUCCUAUGAAAAAAACAAAUUUAUUAAAUAAAAAAUUGGUUAUUGGUCCUAAAAAAAAGGCUUAAUUUUAUUUAUGCAAAAUAUAUAUUUAUACAUAUAGAUUUUGGGAUGAAAUAUGACCUGGACAUGUUUUGGUGAGAUUAAUAGACUUUGUUGUAUGCCUGGUUCUCCCCCCCAUUACAGUUUCCAGUUUAAGAGCCUUAAUGAGCUUCAACGGCAGCCAGUCAGAGCUCAUGAGGUGGAAAUAAUAUAUUUGUGGUAUUAAAAUAGAUGGUGAAGUGUCAGGUCAGAUUUCACCAAGAAGGGUUUUUCUUUAACCUUGCAGUCAGAGUGCACUGAUGAGUGAGAAAACGACAUGCAUAAAAAGAAGAGAGAGAGAGAGAGGGAGAGCGAGAACGAGGGGUUGGUUAGCAAGUAUUCAUAAUAAUAAACAAUUCUGUGGACUUUUCAAACAGUCCCAAAUUGGAUAAUCGUUUCUGCCUUUUUAAUUCUCAAUAGGCCUGUUUCUGUCUGCUUGUCAUGCAAACAAACUGCGUUUUGUUUGUUUUCGUUUAAACGGUAACAAAGCGAUUUCAGCAGCUCGGCUUUGCAACAUCGGGACUGGGGAAAACACCAUAUGUGCUCCGUUUCAUGGUUUUACAUUAGAAACUAUAAAAGAACCUUUUGAAAAUCAGCUUCAGUAGUAUUUGUAUCAUUUGUACUCCGAUUACAUGAUUACCACACUUUAUAUACACACUUUGAACUGGGAAACAAGAAUCAGCUUAAUAAAUGGAUACCGUGUAUCCUGAAUUAGUCGAAUAUAUAAAAUUAUAGUGUUAGAAUACUACGUUUUGUUUCUUGUUUGUUUGUUUUUGUACCUUUCUGGAGGACAAGGAAAAAUAGACACUUCAUAAAACAUUGAUUAUUAUGAUUAUUAUGAUUAUUAAUUAUUAUUAUAAAGAUGAUUCAGCAUUGUUGUUAUUGAUCACAUUAAAUGUUAAGAUCAAAAUGUGUUGUACAUAAUGUUUGAUAUUGAGGUAUUAAUUUGAUUCACAUCUUUUCUAAAAAAAAAAGAAAUAUAUGAGUGAAAAAUGUGCGCAGAGACUCAAGAAGUGUUCAUACCAAAAAAAACGCAACUUUCCACGCUUUCUGCAGCCAAUGAGUGGCCACCAACUGCGGUAUAAAACCCUGAGCCAAUAGGAAGGCCUCGUCUACAUAAUUAUGUUUUAAAUCUCCUGUCAACAUUUCUCAUCGCCAUGAGGAUCCAACCAUGUCUGGUUGUCUGGCUCCCGCGUUUCAAGGAUGCAGCGUUUUUUUGCGAACCAGGAGUCUCUUUUUGCGGACUGUUUGAGGUUUUUUUUAAUGGAAGGAACUGGCCGGUUUCAUAAUGUGGCAUGUGCAUGGACUUGAUAAUGACAAACAUGUUAAUAAAGCGUUCUGUUGGCUGUUUCACCUCU